GAGGACUAUAUGCUCUAGAGACCUCAGGCAAGGCAGCUCAUAGGCGGCUUUUCAUAAAACAAGGCUCAGCUCCUAUAAAGGAGGCCAGUUUUGAAGCAGGCGUCGAGCAGUGCACAUCUACCCACCACCUAGGCACCAUCACCAGUCAUCUCCUAACGUAUUUUUCCAAUUUAGUGAGCCACCCAGAGCCUUUUCAAUGUAUAAAAUGGAGUAUUCUUACCUUAAUUCCUCUGCCUACGAGUCUUGUAUGGCUGGGAUGGACACUUCAAGCCUGGCUUCAGCCUAUGCGGACUUCAGUUCUUGCAGCCAAGCCAGUGGAUUCCAGUAUAAUCCGAUAAGGACCACGUUUGGGGCCACAUCAGGAUGUCCGUCUCUAACUCCUGGAUCCUGUAGCCUUGGAACGCUUAGAGACCACCAGAACAGCCCGUACGCAGCAGUUCCUUACAAGCUCUUUACUGAUCACGGUGGCUUGAACGAGAAGAGGAAACAGAGGCGCAUCAGGACCACUUUCACGAGCGCACAGCUCAAGGAACUCGAGAGAGUAUUCGCAGAAACCCAUUACCCUGACAUAUACACCAGAGAGGAACUGGCAUUGAAAAUUGAUCUCACCGAAGCCCGAGUCCAGGUUUGGUUCCAGAACCGUCGUGCCAAAUUCCGCAAACAGGAGCGAGCGGCAGCUGCAGCAGCGGCUGCAGCCAAGAACGGCUCCUCGGGCAAGAAAUCUGACUCGCGGGAUGACGAGAGCAAAGAGCCCAAAGCCACUGACCCAGACAGUACUGGAGGUCCCGGUCCUAACCCCAACCCUACCCCGAGCUGCGGAGGACCCAGCCCUACAGGUGGACAGGGCAAUGGCGGAGGGAACAUGGCCGUGGAGCAGGUUAAAUCAUCUGGAGCAGGAGGCCACGGUGCUGGUGUACCAGGGCAGGGGUGGGCGUCCACUCCGGGCACUAUCACCUCCAUCCCAGAUUCUUUAGGGGGACCCUUUGCCAGUGUGCUCUCGUCUCUUCAAAGACCCAAUGGAACCAAAGCUACUUUAGUAAAAAGCAGCAUGUUUUGAACAUUUCCAAACUCUUAACAUUACUUAAUGACAUCUUGUCAACUACUGCAUUGACUCAUGUGAGAGGGGGGGGUGCUGGACCCCAUGUUCUGAUCACAUUGCAUUAAUAUUAGUGGCAGACUGAUGAGGGAGCUGGCACCGAUAUGACCAUCAGCUUGUGGUUUACUUGUUGAAAUCAGAGACUGUCUACAAACCAUUGUAAUUAAUGAGGACAUCACGGUCAUUAAUAAAUCCACGAGAGAGACUUCUAUGGAGGUUUAGGCCAGUACUUUUAAUGAUUUGUUAAGCAUAUUGGUUGAAACGUGUCGGUCCCUGCUUGUUCUCAGAUUCCGUUUCUUGGUAGAUUUUACACACCUGUAAAUAGCAUUGUUGGUGUUUAUUUAGAAAACAUUGAUGUCAUUGAUUCAAACUUAAAUUCCCUUUAUCAAAAAUAAUAAUUUAACACAAGCACUAUAUUAUUAUGGGUGGCAUUUGUUAUAAUAUCUUGCUGGGGUAUAGGUUUUGUUUGGUUGUUUUAUCAGCACAAAUACAUAAAUAUCCUUUUUAAAAACAUGCAACCUGCGAUGUAUGUAUAAACUGUUCAUUUCCUUUUCAUGAAGUAUAAAGCUUUUCAUUUUGUUUUGUUUGAGGCACAAAAGAUAUUGUUACUGCUGACGGGAAUACCUAAAACGUUUUUUUUUUUUGUGUGUGUGUGUGUGUGUGUGUGUGUGUGUGUCUUUCUACAGAUGUGUUGUGACUCAAUUGUAUAGUGUUAAUAUAAGUAUAAAAUUGUCUACUAUAGUUGAUACUAGAUAAUGUUUAGCCCUUUAGUCUAUGAACUGACUUUUUGAAUUUCAAAAGGUCUUCACGGGUUUAGUUCUUUUUUUAUGUAGAUACAUCAGUUUGAAACAGUGGUAUUUAUUUUAUUAUAAUUUGCAUGAUGUCUUAUUUUUAUUUUUUUGUCCGAUUGAAUUUUCUUGUGAACAUAGCUUAUGUCAUCUUCAGGAGUUGGAAAGUAUUUAUAUGUAGUUAUAAUGAAUGCCUAUAUUUAAGAAAGGAAAUAUUUCUACAUGUGCAUAUAGUUUUCCAAGAGUGUACCAUUAACUUGGUUGUUGAUAAUAAAAUGAUA